CACCUUCGUUGGCUAUGGUUUAGCUGUCAUCAUUCGAAACGACAGUCGGCUGUUAUUUUAGCCAAUAUUUCCUCUCCCUUUCUCUCUCUCGCUUUCCUGCAUGUUUGACAGAUUGUAAUCGUAUCAUUAUUAAUUUUUCAGACACCGCUUCACUCCAUUCUGCUGUCGAACUCUUAAAAUCUCCACAUCAGGAGGAAGAUGUGGAAACUGAAGAUCGCGGAAGGAGGAAGUCCCUGGUUGAGGACCACGAACAAUCAUGUGGGAAGACAAGUUUGGGAGUUCGAUCCCGAUCUGGGAUCGCCUGAACAGCGUGAGGAGAUCGAGAGAGCUCGUGAGACGUUCUCGAAGCAUCGAUUCGAGAAGAAGCAUAGUGCAGAUCUAAUCAUGCGUAUUCAGUUUUUGAAGGAGAAUGCUGGUACUGUAGUUUUACCCCAAGUCAAAGUGAAAGAUACAGAGGAUGUUACAGAGGAUGCAGUGACAAACACAUUAAGAAGGGCUAUCAAUUUUCAUUCAACUCUCCAGGCUCAUGAUGGACACUGGCCAGGGGAUUAUGGAGGUCCCAUGUUUCUUUUGCCCGGCUUGAUCAUUACUCUUUCGAUUACUGGGGCGCUGAAUGCUGUCUUGUCAAAAGAACAUAGACAAGAGAUGUGCCGUUAUCUCUAUAACCAUCAGAACAAAGAUGGUGGGUGGGGUUUACAUAUCGAGGGCCCAAGCACCAUGUUUGGUACUGUCUUGAACUAUGUAACUUUAAGGUUGCUUGGUGAAGGAGCUAAUGAUGCAGAUGGGGCAAUGGAGAAAGGGCGUGACUGGAUUCUGAAUCAUGGUGGUGCAACUGCAAUAACCUCAUGGGGAAAAAUGUGGCUUUCAGUACUUGGAGUAUUUGAAUGGUCUGGCAAUAAUCCUCUGCCCCCUGAAAUAUGGCUUCUUCCCUAUAUCCUACCAGUCCAUCCAGGAAGGAUGUGGUGUCACUGCAGGAUGGUUUAUUUGCCUAUGUCAUACUUAUAUGGGAAGAGGUUUGUUGGUCCUCUCACACCUACAGUAUUGUCUUUGAGGAAGGAGCUCUAUACUGUUCCAUAUCAUGAAAUCGAUUGGAAUCAAGCACGAAACCUAUGUGCCAAGGAAGAUCUGUACUACCCACAUCCAUUGGUGCAGGAUAUACUUUGGACAUCCCUCGACAAAGUUGUUGAACCUAUUCUAAUGCAUUGGCCUGGGAAAAAGUUGAGAGAGAAGGCUCUUCGCACUGUCUUGGAGCAUGUACACUAUGAAGACGAGAACACUCACUAUAUAUGCAUAGGUCCUGUAAACAAGGUUUUAAAUAUGCUUUGCUGUUGGGUGGAAGAUCCAAACUCAGAGGCUUUCAAGUUACAUCUUCCUAGAAUUUUUGAUUUCCUGUGGCUUGCUGAAGAUGGCAUGAAAAUGCAGGGCUAUAAUGGAAGUCAAUUAUGGGACACAGCCUUUUGUGUUCAAGCAAUUAUUUCAACCGACCUAGUGGAAGAAUAUGGUCCAACUCUAAGAAAAGCACAUGCAUACUUGAAGAAGUCACAGGUUUUAGAAGAUUGUCCAGGCAAUCUUGAUUAUUGGUAUCGCCACAUUUCAAAAGGUGCUUGGCCUUUUUCAACCGGUGAUCAUGGAUGGCCCAUCUCAGACUGCACUGCGGAAGGAUUGAAGGCUAUUCUUUUACUAUCAAAAAUUCCAUCAGAAAUUGUUGGUGAACCAUUAGAUGCGAAGCAGUUAUACGAUGCUGUAAAUGUAAUUCUUUCCUUACAGAAUGGAGAUGGCGGCUUUGCAACCUAUGAACUCACUAGAUCUUAUGCUUGGUUGGAGUUAAUCAAUCCUGCUGAAACUUUUGGCGACAUUGUUAUUGAUUAUCCUUACGUGGAAUGUACAUCAGCUGCACUUCAAGCUUUGACAUCAUUUAAUAAAUUUUAUCCGGGGCAUCGGAGAGAAGAAAUAGAACAUUGUAUUAAAAAAGCUACAAUGUUCAUUGAAAAGAUACAAGCAUCAGAUGGCUCAUGGUAUGGCUCUUGGGGAGUAUGCUUCACCUAUGCCAUAUGGUUUGGGAUAAAAGGAUUAGUGGCUGCUGGAAAGAACUACAAUAAUUGCUCUAGCAUUUGUAAAGCAUGUGAUUUUCUGUUGUCCAAGCAGCUUGCUUCUGGUGGUUGGGGCGAGAGUUACCUUUCGUGUCAGAACAAGGUGUAUUCAAAUCUUGAUGGCAACAGAUCUCAUGUAGUAAAUACCGCAUGGGCUAUGCUGGCUCUCAUUGAUGCUGGGCAGGCUGAGAGAGACCCAACACCAUUGCACAGAGCAGCACGAGUAUUGAUAAAUUCCCAAAUGGAGAAUGGAGAUUUUCCACAGGAGGAGAUCAUGGGGGUCUUCAAUAGGAACUGUAUGAUCACUUAUGCUGCAUACAGAAACAUCUUCCCCAUUUGGGCUCUGGGUGAAUACCGAUGUCAGGUUCUACGGGGUCCCUUGACAAAAUAAUGCAAGUAAUUAUGACUCAUCUUUUCAUAUUGACUAGUAGCAAUUCCCAUAAUUUGUUUAGCCUUUUCUCGCUGCCAAUUUCAAUAGUACUGUAGGUCGAGUUGCAGAAGUUAUUAGCUCCAGAUUAAAAUACUUGACUCUGUAUGUAACAUUAUAUUUGAUUUCAGUGCAUGGACUGAAAUAAUCUUGUCUUAUGCUUUAGCAUUAUCUGUUAUAACAUCAAAUAAUAGGAAGCAAGAGAGUUGUUUGUUCAUGAGAA